AUGAUCAAAGCCAUACUUGUGAUCAACAAUCAUGGCAAGCCGCGUCUCCUCAAGUUCUAUCAGCACUACACGGAAGAGAUGCAGCAGCAAAUCGUGCGCGAAACGUUCCAGUUGGUCUCGAAACGCGACGACAACGUGUGCAACUUUUUGGAAGGCGGAACCUUGAUCGACGGCAACGAUUAUCGACUGAUAUACCGACACUACGCGACGCUCUACUUCAUCUUUUGCGUAGACUCGUCCGAGAGCGAGCUGGGCAUUCUGGAUUUGAUUCAGGUAAGCAAUUUAUCACAAAAAACCAAAUUUUCAAUAAAAAUCGAAACGCUUGCAGGUUUUCGUUGAAACUCUCGACCGAUGCUUCGAGAACGUGUGCGAGCUGGACCUGAUCUUCCACGUCGAUCGCGUUCAUCACAUUCUCGGCGAAAUCGUGAUGGGCGGUAUGGUGCUCGAGACGAACAUGAACGAGAUUCUGCAGCGGAUUCAGGAGCAGGACAAGAUUCAGAAGCAGGAGGCGGGCAUCACGGCGGCGCCCGCACGCGCGGUCUCCGCCGUCAAAAAUAUGAACAUCUCGCAGCAGCUGAAGGACAUCAAACUGCCCGAUCUUCCGUCGCUUUCCAAUUUGAAAAACGCUUUCUAA